AUGGGGAGGUCAGAGGAGAGAGUUGUUGCUGUGAUCAUGGUGGGUGGUCCAACCAAAGGUACUCGAUUCCGGCCAUUGUCAUUGAAUAUUCCAAAGCCACUUUUUCCAUUGGCAGGACAAGCAAUGGUUCAUCAUCCAAUCUCUGCUUGUAAAAGGAUUCCAAACCUAGCACAGAUCUAUCUUGUUGGUUUCUAUGAGGAGCGUGAAUUCGCUCUCUAUGUCUCAUCAAUCUCUAAUGAACUUAGGGUUCCUGUCAGAUACUUAAGAGAAGACAAGCCACAUGGGUCAGCUGGUGGACUGUAUAACUUCAGGGAUCUGAUCAUGGAAGACAAUCCGUCGCAUAUUGUCUUGUUGAAUUGUGAUGUUUGCUGCAGUUUUCCACUGCCUGAGAUGCUUGAGGCACACAGAAGCUAUGGUGGGAUGGGAACAAUCCUAGUAAUUAAGGUCUCCCCCGAGUCAGCCAACCAGUUUGGGGAACUGGUGGCUGAUCCCAUUACCAAUGAACUGUUGCAUUACACAGAGAAACCUGAAACUUUUGUGAGUGACCGAAUCAAUUGUGGUGUUUACAUAUUUACACCAGAUAUCUUUACUGCCAUCCAAGGUGUUUCCACACAACGAAAAGACAGAGCCAAUCUUAGACGUCUAUCCAGCUUUGAGGCCCUGCAGUCAGCAACAAGGUAUGAUUGGCCUCCUGAUUUCUACUUCCUGAUUGUGUGA